CCUCCAACCCUACCUCUCUCUCCUGGGGACCCGUUCCGCGCCUCCUGUUCUGAAAGUGAGCCCCCUGGCAAGGUCAUGAAGCUUGUGAGGAAGGACAUCGAGAAGGACAAUGCGGGCCAGGUCACCCUCGUCCCCGAGGAGCCCGACGACAUGUGGCACACCUACAAUCUAGUGCAGGUGGGCGACAGCCUGCGCGCCUCCACCAUCCGCAAGGUCCAGACCGAGUCCUCCACGGGCAGCGUGGGGAGCAACCGUGUCCGCACCACCCUCACCCUCUGCGUGGAGGCCAUCGACUUCGACUCCCAAGCCUGCCAGCUGCGAGUGAAGGGGACCAAUAUCCAAGAGAAUGAGUACGUCAAGAUGGGGGCCUACCACACCAUCGAACUGGAGCCCAACCGCCAGUUCACCCUGGCCAAGAAACAGUGGGACAGUGUGGUUCUGGAACGCAUCGAGCAGGCUUGUGACCCGGCUUGGAGCGCUGAUGUGGCAGCCGUGGUCAUGCAGGAGGGCCUCGCCCACGUCUGCUUAGUCACGCCCAGUAUGACCCUCACCCGUGCCAAGGUGGAGGUGAACAUCCCCAGGAAACGGAAAGGCAACUGCUCCCAGCAUGACCGGGCCCUGGAGAGGUUCUAUGAACAGGUGGUCCAGGCCAUCCAGCGCCACAUAAACUUUGAUGUUGUCAAGUGCGUCCUGGUGGCCAGCCCAGGAUUUGUACGAGAGCAGUUCUGUGACUACAUGUUUCAGCAAGCGGUCAAGACGGACAACAAAGUGCUCCUGGAAAACCGGUCCAAAUUCCUGCAGGUACACGCCUCCUCUGGACACAAGUACUCCCUGAAAGAGGCCCUUUGUGACCCCACUGUAGCUAGCCGCCUUUCAGACACGAAAGCUGCUGGGGAAGUGAAGGCCUUGGACGACUUCUAUAAAAUGUUACAGCAUGAACCGGACCGAGCUUUUUACGGACUCAAGCAGGUGGAGAGGGCCAACGAAGCCUUGGCGAUCGACACGUUGCUCAUCAGCGAUGAGCUCUUCCGGCAUCAGGACGUGGCCACCCGGAGCCGGUAUGUCAGGCUGGUGGACAGCGUGAAGGAUAACGCUGGCACGGUCCGGAUAUUCUCUAGUCUCCACGUGUCUGGGGAACAGCUUGGCCAGCUGACUGGAGUAGCUGCCGUUCUCCGCUUCCCAGUGCCGGAACUUUCUGACCCAGAGGAUGAUUCGAGUUCUGAAGAGGAUUAAGACUGACAUUUAAUAGUUGCUUCUUCUCUUACUUUUUUUUUUUUCCUCUCGGCAUCCCUUGACAGGUGCAGGACAGGCACUUGUUGGUCGUGCUGGGAUUUCUUGCGUGUUGGUUACACUAGAGAUGUUUUCUGGUUGGCAGGACAUGUAUUUAAAUAAAAUAAACCAAAAGAAAAGAAUGU